AGGAGUUAACGGACAUUGAGGAAGAUGAGGAAGAAGAAGAAGAAAAGUCGGCGUGACCAACCUCAGUGACACAAGAGUUUAUGCGGGAUCAUCUGAGAAAUAAAAUAAGUGGCAACUGUGAUUAUUAAGAGUUUAGUGAUUACUUUUUUUUGUAACUCAUGCCAUGAAAACGACCGAGGGGAACGGCGUUGUGGAGCAAAGUGUUACAGAAGAGGAUGUGCGACUGCUAAUCGAAAGAAAAGAUGAAAUUGAGGAACAAAUCAAAGCAUAUUACGACAUGCUCGAAGAUCAGGGUGAUGUAGGCAUGCACGGUCCUCUGGUCGACGUUGAAGGCUUUCCUCGUGCAGAUGUGGAUUUGUACAUAGUCCGAACAGCAAGGCACAAUAUCUCCUGUUUACAGAAUGAUCACAAAACUGUCAUGGUGGAGAUAGAGAAUGCUCUGCAUAAGUUGCAUGCCAAGGUGAGGGUCAAUAACAAGCAGGGUGAGGCAAUGGCACUGGUGGAAUCCACUGAGCAGGCUGUGUCCUUGCCAUCCCCAUUUGCCCGUGUAGACACCAUAAUACAGGGCUCCCCUGCUUUUCAGUCGGGUUUGCAAAUUGGUGAUGAGGUCCUUGAGUUUGGGUCCGUGAAUACACGAAACUUCAAGAAUCUGCAUGACAUAGCUUCUGUUGUCCAACACAGUGAAGGGAAAUCCCUCCGUGUUGGAGUGAUUCGGAAUGGAGAAGAGGUACAUCUUCAUUUGAGUCCACAGCAAUGGUCUGGUAGAGGACUACUAGGGUGCAACCUAGUACCUCUUCGAAGAUAACCAGUCAAAGUACAAGGACUAUGAGACUGGUGAAGUGUAAUUUUCAAGCCAAACAACUGUUUGUGGCACAAAAAUAUUAAUACAUUUGCUUAAGAUAAAAACAUUUCAUUAUUUAAUUGUGUGUAUUACUCUAAUUGAUAAAUUACCAAGGAGAGAUAACAGACAGUUCAAUAUCAGAAUUACAGUUUGUCAGUUGAAAAGAUUGUUUGAAAAAUAAAUAAAUGCAAAAAUCAAAAUAAAAAAAUCCCCAGUUGCA